ACAAUGAGCAAAUGGUGCAGAAGACAGAACCCAAAGAACAGAAGAAUGCAGCACUGGAAGGGCUGCCUCUUGAGAGUAGUCCUUACGUAAAAUACUCCAAUUUGGAGGACUACAAGCUUAAUGCCUAUGGCACUGAAGGACAUCUUGAACCUAAGCCUAACCAACGAGGAAGUGCCACCGAUGCUCCCACGCUAUCCGGAAGUUGUGUCCCCGAGGGGAAAGCUUCAACCUUUGAUGCAACCAACCGCUGAGGCAUGCCAUAUAACCAUGAAAGGUAGCUAGGAAUGAAAUAAAAAUUGUACCAGUCCCAUAUGAAGUCUUGUUCAUGUAGCAGUUUAUGUUUGCUCAUACAUUUGCUGUGGUUUCUUUCAAUACAUUGUUCAGGUGUUUUAACUUUCGAGCGGUUUGUUAAUUUUUAUUAUAAUACCGAAUGUGUAUACUCUAUAGACUGUUUCCCUU